AUGGGAAAACCUACUGCUACUGCGGAUCCUGUCGACGUUUCGGUUGUAGUACAUCAUCAACUUCUCAAGGAGCUUGAAUUAGGGUGCAACUUUUUUGAGCAUACUUUGACAUUAGAGCAACUUCGAGAUCUUUAUCCUUUAUCAAGAAUAUGUUUAGAAAAUCCUGAACUUAGCAAGGGUUUGAACAAGGAUGAAGCAGCUAGUCGGUUAGCCACUGAUGGACGUAACGUAAUAUUUGCUGUAAGUGGUCGAGCAGCUAUUCAAAUGUUUUUGGAACAGUUUUCACAUACAUUUCGGCUGAUGCUACUUACAGCUGCUCUCACGUGCUUUAUCAUUUAUAGCUUAGAUACUACUCGAUAUAUUGAACUUUACCUGGCUAUUACUUUGAUUAUUAUAUUUUUCAUCUUAUGUGGUGUGAGUUAUUGGCAGGAGAGAAGCGCGAAACAGAAUAUGCGUGGUUUUCAAUCAAUGAUAACAUCAUAUUGUUUUGUAGUUCGUGCCACUGAACGUAUGCGUAUCAGUGCUGCUGACAUUGUCGUUGGUGACAUCGUUUAUUUAUGGUAUUUAUUUCAAGUAAUUGGCAAAAUCGUGCAAAUGAUCAGCAAGGAAAAGGGUGCGCCUACUCGAUUAGAAAUUGAGCAUAAAUGCUUUGUCAAUUUUAUCUCUUUACUUGCAGUAACAAUGGCCACAAUUACAUUUAUUGUUGGCUUAUUACUUACAAGUUUUCAACGUAUUACCAGUACUCUUGUAAAUGGAUUCCUUGUCAUUAUUAUCGCUAACAUCCCACAAGGCCUUCCAAUUACAUUAGGUGCAGCUUUGGUAAUCGUUGCUAGACGGUUAGCUAAGCAAAACGUAUUUAUGAAACGUUUGGAUGUUGUGGAGACAUUAGGUACAGCGACAGUUGUAAUGUGUGAUAAAACAGGCGUCUUCACGCUUAACGAUAUCACUGUAUCUGAUUUAUGGUAUCAACUGCAGCAUUUCAAAGGUACGGAAGAGUUGAAAGCUAAGCGGAAGCACGUGUCACCCACUCAGCUGGAAAUGCCAUUAGCAGAAAGUAAUAAUAACAGUCUAGUGGCUUUGCUAACAGUCAUGUCAGUUUGCAGCAAAGCACAUUUGCAACCUAUCAAUUCACGUGGAAGUGAAGCAUGGCAAAGGGUUUACAAAUUCUCAGAAAUAACCAAUACUCUCAGCAUGCAAUCGUUGCUAGAUGGGAAAGUAUCGCAAAACAAAAUUUAUAGUGCAGACGUAGAGCGAACAGUACGGGCAGCUUUCCAUCAUAAAGUAAUCACAGGAAAUGAAAACGAGGUUGCACUACUGAAGUAUGUCGAAGAAAUAGCAAAUGCAGAAAGCCUUCGGAAGAAUUAUGAAAUUUUGUUCGAGGUACCAUUCAAUAGACAGCGACGCUUCCAAAUGAUGGUCGUUCGUCAGAGACCGAAAAAUGACGGCUGUGAUCUUAACAGUAUGAAGCAAUAUGUAUUUUUGAAAGGAGCUCCAGAAGAAUUAUUCAUGCAUUGUAAGAUGCUAGCCACUGAGGAAGGUUAUACUGAAAUUUCCGAUAGUUGCAUAGCACAAUUUUCUGUGAGUCCAUUUUUUUUUUCUUAA